CUAGGAUCUUGGCGGCCGCCGCGUCCUUCGCUGCUUGGUCAUGCCCUUCAGAUGCUUCUUUAUCCCACCCUCCAGGUCCCCGGCUGCCGACUGGCGGAUGGCGGUCCGCUCAGCCUCCGUCAACGGCUGCAAUCAGACAGGAACAACAUCCAUAGACAAUGUGUGAUUGCCCUCCUUUGCGUUGUGUCGCUGCGGAAGACCUACCAGGUCCCUUCCCUCGCUCGACGCCCCCUCCGCUCGACGCCUCCUCGCAGAGCGGUUCUGUCUUCCGUGACCGAGUGAGGAUGUCGAAAUACUCCAUCCGGUUGCCUCUGAUAAGGCAGCCGGGGACUUGUGGCAGCCUUCUUGGACUUGUGGCCCGUCUUGAUCUGCUGCACUGCCAGGUCGGCGCCCAU